UUAAUGGCCAAGGCUUUUACCAUAUCUCUCAGUUCUCAUCAGUUCUACAUUGUUCUCGACCAAAUUCAGCAUAAACAUGGCGGCUUCUCUCAAUCUCUUCAAGCUGUCAUGUCUCUUGAGUCUCCUGUCAAACUCAAACCUGGGCAUCUCUCCGCCUCCGUCGUGCAGCCGCAUUGAGUGCCCUAGCUAUGAUGUGGUUCAUGUUGGGAAUGGGUAUGAAAUUCGCCGGUAUAACUCAACGGCAUGGGCGUCAACUUCUCCUAUUGAAGACAUCUCUCUUGUUGAAGCCACCAGAACUGGUUUCUUGCAGCUAUUCGACUACAUUCAAGGGAAAAACAACUACAAACAGACAAUCGAGAUGACAGCUCCAGUGAUUACCCAAGUCUCACCAAGCGACGGACCCUUUUGUUCAUCCUCAUUCGUUGUAAGCUUCUUUGUCCCAAAAGAGAACCAAGCCGACCCCCCUCCUGCAAAAGGCCUCCACGUCCAAAGGUGGGAAUCAACAUAUGCAGCAGUGAGACAGUUCAGUGGAUUUGUCGAAGAUUCUGAUGUCGGAGAGGAAGCUGCCGCUUUGCGCAGUAGUCUUUCAGGCACUGUUUGGUCGGCCGCCAUUGACAAAAGCCACAAAUCUGAGACGGUCACCGAGUACAUUGUUGCGCAGUAUAAUUCACCAUUUGAGUUUGAGAACAGGGUGAAUGAGAUUUGGUUUGUGUUUGAUAUGGAGGAUGGUAAUGCAAUGUGAGGAGAUGGGAGACUUUGAAUGCUGAGGAGAGUACUAGUAAGAGUCUUAGAUUAAUUAAUAAUCUCUUCUUGAGAAAGGAUAAAGAGAACUCAUGUGGAGGUCAAUAAGAGCAAGUACACCAGAACAUUUAUAAUACCUAUUUUGCUAUUUUACCUAAGAAAAGUAUAAAAAACCCACUUGCAGCUGCUUCGGGGAAAGGACAUGUAUUUCCCAUUUGUGAACAGUGGUGAGCUAUUUCUACCGAAGAUCUGUUCAUCAGCUACCCAUUAAAAAAUUAGUUUCUUUCUUCUCUUUUUUCACUCAGAACACUAUUCAUAUUCUCUCACUCACUCCCUUUCUCUAAAAGUAAUAAUAUUUUAAUAGAGAAUAUGUUAAAUAAAUAGUGUUGGUGUAGUGUUAAAAGAAAUAUGAGUAUGUAAAAUGAAAAAUGUGUACUGUUCAAGAGUUUUUUUAACAAACGACCGGUAAACUUGCCCUAAGAGUCACCAUUUUGAUUUGGUUUUGCUACUGUAAUGAAUGUAAAUUGAUGGCUGACUUGGCUAUUAGAGCAUAUGUAUUUCAUUCGAAAAGCAUAGAAUUUGAUAUGAAUAUUCUAUUCUUAUAUUGCAAAAUGGAUUUGG